UCCUUAUGUCAACCCUGCCCUCAUGUCACAGUAAACAAAGCAGGUGAGGAGUAGGGGGAGGUGUCCUCUGUGUCUUCCUCUCUCUGUGUGUGUGUGUGCUGCACUUGCGCCCAGGCAGCCUCCCUCACCGCCUCCCGGCCCGGUCUGCCUCCUCUCUCCCUGCUAACCACGGCUGUUCACACUUCUAUAACCACCAUCGAAACUACAGCAACAUGGUGAACUUCCAAGGUUCCUUUCUCGAGUAAAAAUGUGGACGUUUGACAACUAGUGAAGCUCCACCUGUGCCGCGGGGAAAUGCAGGACGAAAGCGGCAAAGCGGCACUCGGGAGCCCCGCAAACACAAAGCAGAACUCAUUCCAAUCGAACGGACACACUGUAACUCAGAAUGGACACAACCCCACAGCUCCGGCUUCACCACAGCCCCAGUUUGAUUCCCGAGCCUCCAGUCCUACACCCACUCCCACCCCGGUUAUCCCGAGGGAGCAGUGGGGCGGGAAGUACGAGUUCCUGCUCUCCUGUAUUGGGUACUGCGUGGGACUGGGGAACGUGUGGCGGUUCCCAUACCUUUGUUACCGCAAUGGAGGAGGAGUGUUUCUCAUCCCUUACUUCAUAAUGCUCUUCUUUACUGGCGUCCCACUCUUCCUCAUGGAGCUGAGUUUAGGCCAGUAUGGAGCAGCUGGUCCAAUCACUGUGUGGAAAUGCUGCCCGCUGCUCAAAGGUAUUGGCAUUGGGAUGCUGUGCGUGUCCACUCUGGUCUGUCUCUACUACAACGUCAUCAUAGCAUGGACGUUUUUCUACCUGGGCAGCUCGUUUCAGAGCCCCCUCCCCUGGUCCUGUGAUGCUAUAGCUAAUGCAGCUAUAUGUGGCAAUGGCACCACUGGCAAUGGCUCCAGCAGUAGACUCAGUCCCUCUGAAAUCUUCUGGAAUGAGCGUGUGCUGGGUGUAGUACACAGCGAGGGUCUCCACAACCCGGGCCCUGUGCGGUGGCCCCUGGCUCUGUGCCUGCUGGCCGCCUGGGUCGUCAUCUUCCUGUGUAUGCUGAAGGGCAUCCGCAGCUCUGGCAAGGUGGUUUAUGUAACGGCAACCUUCCCGUACUUUGUGCUCAUUGUUUUGAUCAUCAGAGGUGCGACACUGGAAGGAUCUAUGCAGGGCAUUGCUUUCUACCUCACACCAGACUGGAGCCGAUUAGCUAACGCACAGGUUUGGAACGAUGCAGCCUCACAGAUCUUCUACUCUUUAGGUAUAGGAGUUGGCGGUCUGCUCUCUAUGGCCUCAUACAAUAAGUUUGACAAUAACGUCAUCAGGGACACUUUGAUUAUCACCACAGGAAACUGCAGCACCAGCUUCUUUGCUGGAUUUGCUAUUUUCUCAAUCCUGGGUCACAUGGCAUGGAAGAAGGGGGUGCCUGUGGGAGAGGUGGCUGAUACAGGUCCUGGGCUGGCCUUUGUUGCUUACCCAGAAGCCCUUGCUCUGCUGCCUGGCUCUGUGUUCUGGUCCAUCAUGUUCUUCCUCAUGCUCUUCAUGCUGGGGAUUGACACACUGUUUGGCAACAUGGAGGGGAUCACUACAGCCGUGAUGGACGAGUUUCCACAGCUCAGAGUGAACACGCUGCACAAGUCGUUGUUCCUGGGUGCUCUGUGUUUCUGUUUCUACCUGAUGGGUCUCCUGUUGGUGACUGAUGGUGGGAUUUACUGGUUCACCCUCAUUGACUCCUUCAGCACUAGUUUCGGCCUCAUCAUCAUCACCCUCUUCAUGUGCAUUGGCAUCUCCUUCUUUUAUGGAGUGAACCAGUUCUGUCAGGACAUCAUUGAUAUGAUCUGCCACUGCCCUCCCUGGUGCAGCAAGGUGCUGCUUUACUUCAAAGCAUGCUGGGUAGUCAUCACUCCGUUUCUGCUGCUGUUCAUCCUGACCUACAUCUUCAUUGAGAUGUACAACACAUCACUCCACUACGGGGCCUAUGUGUAUCCACGGUGGGGUAAAGCACUGGGCGUGUGCAUAGGAGCGACCUGCUGUCUGCAGAUCCUCAUCUGGGCCAUCGUGGCCAUCAGCAAAGAAACCGGAACACUGAAAGACCGUUUCCGGAAAUCAAUUCGACCUCUGAAUUCUUGGCGGGUGAACAACCUGAACAGCGCAGCAAGAGUGGAGGAGCGCGUGGAGCCCGAGAGGGUGGAGGCUCCGUUCACGGUCACGCUAACAGACAUGGACUUUACUGCAAUGAGGUGGGAGAUGGGAAGCGAGGCGUGACAGCACAGAGAACAGUGACAAACGCACAAUGAUGAGAAUACUACAUCUUCAAGGAACAGAAGGAUUUAUUACUAUGUAUUCGCCCCAGCAAGGCUCUGGUGAUGUGUGUGAACAGACUUUGUCCUGCAGCGCAGUGUGGAUUCAUCGCUUUAUUUAUAUUGUGUCUGUUUGAUUUGUUUUUUUUAAGCUUUUUAUUUUACAUUAUGUAGAGCUUAACGGUAAAGCUCCUACAGUAGGAGUCUACCACGACUCUGGAAUGAUGAUGAUCUUGCCGUUUAUCUACUGAUCUUAUUUAUUAUUUUAACAAAGCAUCAUGAACCUCCGCUGACAGAGGCCAACAUCAGCUGAGGCACCAGAUUUCAUUAAUCAUAUACUAGGGGGGACAAAAACGUGUGUUGAUUUCUCACUGCUACAUCCAACCACCUCUGAUAGACCUGGAGAGGUGACCUCAAGUCUUCAGCCUGACAGAAAAAUAAUGGGGAUGACACCAUUUUUUAACAACUUAUUGCUCAAAUCGCCUGAGCUAAUAUAUUGAUUUAAAAAAACAUGCCAAAUAUUCUUCACAUGUUCCUCUGAAAUCAGAUAUCUUGUUUGAAUGAUUUCCUAGAAUGGAUAAAGUGUAGCAAGGUUUGUGCUUACGAGACAUUGUCAUCUUAACAGCUGCAGUAUACAGUUCAAGUGUAUUUUAGAUGGGAUUUUAAAAUUAACUUCAAGUUUCAAACUAUCCUUUGUUGUUUUAGGGGAAAAAACAACAAGAAACAAUAGAUACGCUGGUUUUAGGUUUAUGUUUACUGUUACUUGAUUUUGACAGUCCUCUUGGAAUAUCCUCCUUUACUUUUCUAAACACAAAACCCUCCCAAAGGAACCGGAAAUCAUUGGUUUAAUGUUUAAUAUUUGGAGGUACUCAUCUGCUAUAUGUAUUAUCCAACCAGGGACAUGGUUAUUGUCAUGGUAUAAAUCUUGCCAACAUUUCUCACAACUUUCUGAGCCCCUUCUUAAAUGUGAAUGUUGAAAUUUGAUUGACAAAGUUGUAUUAGCACUUAAUUAAGAAAUGUAAUGGGACUGUAAAAAUCUCUGUAUUUUUACUGCACUAUGUGCUAGAUAAACCACUGGGUCACUGUAUUUUUUCUUUAAAGCAUUCUGCUUUGAACAUUCCAUUUUCCUUUGUUUUAGGAUUAUUUGCCUUGUCAAGAAAGUCCUCUAAUAUUUACUAUUUUUGCCUUUGUACACCUUGUUGCCCUGUCGUGUCUGUGCGUUAUGUGCGUAAUAUAUUAAAUAUUUUUGUUUUUUCAUGUC